UCCCAACCAACGCCAGGUACAUGAUAACUUAGAUUAUAGAUUAUUUUAGACCCAACAAAGAAAAAAAAAUCAAAACUCGUGAUCCUCCCCAAUAUAAACGGCUUAUCUCGGAGCUCAUUUGCAGGUCUGGAGACAUGAAUCUAAGGUUGAAGGGUAAGGUGGCUCUAGUCACCGGAGCGGCAAGCGGAAUCGGAGAAGAGACAGUGAGACUAUUCGCCGAACACGGAGCCCUGGUAGUGGCAGCAGACGUCCAAGACGAACUGGGUCGACAAGUCGCCGCUUCCAUUGCCUCAAACACAGUAACUUACCAUCACUGUGACGUAAGAGACGAAAAGCAGGUAGAAGAAACAGUUAAUUACACAGUUCAAAAAUACGGCACCCUGGAUAUCCUGUUCAGCAACGCAGGAAUUCUAGGACCCCUAUCCGGCAUCCUGGAUCUUGAUAUGAAGGGAUUAGACGACAUCAUGGCUAUCAACGUCCGAGGUGCGGCUGCGACAAUCAAGCACGCCGCUCGCACGAUGGUCGAGAGGAAAAUCCGAGGAUCCAUCAUAUGCACGACAAGUGUGUCAGCUGGUGUGGCAGGAUGCGGGCCUCAUGCUUAUACGGUGUCGAAGCAUGCUCUUCUAGGACUGGUGCGAUCUGCGUGCUGGGAGCUCGGGGGUCAUGGGAUUAGGGUUAAUUGUGUGUCUCCUUUUGGAGUGGCCACACCGCUUGCAUGUUCACCCUUCAAUUUGGAGCCUGAACAAGUUGAAGAAGCCACUUCGUCUCAGGCUGUGCUCAAGGGCGUUGUGUUGAAGGCAAGCCAUAUUGCAGAAGCAGCGUUGUUUCUUGCUUCUGAUGAUUCUGUUUACGUCAAUGGGCAUAACUUGGUGGUUGACGGUGGCUUCUCUGUGGUCAAAGAUACUUUUCCCACUCCCGACCAGUAGCAGCGUCCUUGACGCUGGGCUUUUAAGAACAAUAUCACGUUACUCCGUUCAGCUAUUACCUUAUAUAAUUGAUCCUGAAACAUGAAAUAAUAUAAACUUUAUUUUCAAUA